GGGCCGGGCUGGCCAGUUAAAGGUCCGUGUGGAGCCGGCAGCCGCGGCGUGGUGGGGCUGGGACGGGAGGCUGCGGAGGGGAGCGGGCAGGUACCUUCUGAUGGUUCCAAGUGGAGACCUUGGGUUGUAGCUGGUGCCCACCCAUCCCUCCUUUUCCCUUCCUUUCCCACCUUAUCUCUAAGCCCCCCCCCCCCCCCCCAUACACAUGUUCCGUAUCUGGACUCACUAAUGACAGCCUGGAUCAUCCUCCCCAUUAGCCUGUCCACCUUCUCCAUCACCGGGAUAUGGAUCGUCCCCUUGGCCUGUGUCUGACAUGGGAGCCUGAGAGGAGGGUUAACUGGAUCUCCUUUGCACCUGGUACGCCAUGGCAGUGAUGAACCACCACGUGUGCCCCGUCGAGAACUGGUCCUACAACGAGUCAUGCUCCUCCAGCCCUGCCAAGCAUGGCUACCCCAAAAGCUGCUGCACCUUGGAAGAUGUGCCUCUGAUCAGUAAGUGUGGCACGUAUCCCCCUGAGAGCUGCCUCUUCAGCCUUAUUGGGAACAUCGGGGCUUUCAUGGUGGUGGUGAUCUGCUUCCUGCGCUACGGGCAGCUGAUUGAGCAGAGCCACCGCUCCUGGGUCAACACGACGGCGCUUGUCGCAGGCUGCACCAACGCUGCCGGCCUCAUCGUGGUUGGCAACUUCCAGGUGGACAACGCCAAGUCCCUGCACUACAUUGGGGCGGGCAUUGCCUUCCCGGCCGGGCUGCUCUUCGUCUGCCUCCAGUGCAUCCUCACCUACCACACUGCUGUCAGCGCCCUGGACGGCUGGAUGGCGCACCUCCGCGUCUCGCUCACUGGCGUGGCCUUAAUCGCCCUCGUCCUCAGCGGUGUCUUCUUCAUCCACGAGAGCCCCCUGCUGCAGCACCUGGCGGCCGUCUGCGAGUGGGUCUUCGUCAUCGACAUGCUGGUCUUCUAUGGCACCUUCGCCUACGACUUUGUGGCCGUCUCCACCGACACCCUGGUGACAGCGCUGCAGCGGGCCAGCAGCCGGGGCUGCAAGUCGCCCGGUGGCAGCAGCACCUCCACCCACCUCAACUGCACCCCUGAGAGCAUCGCCAUGAUCUGAGCAGGGGCUCCCCUCCCCCUCCUUUGAUUUUGUACCAAAAAACAGUUUUUAAAGGAAAACACAGUAUUGGGGCUGCCCCCCCACAGCAAGGCUGAGCCCCGCAGCCCUCCCUGCUGGCCAGCCUAGCUGCUGCAUCGAUGGCCAAAGGGCGCCCUGGGGUGGGGCCACCAGCCUUCUCCUACCCGGGCUGGCUCUCACAGGCCCUCAUCCCUUCUGCAGAUCAGACCCCUGCCGGCAGCGGCUGCUCAGGGAAAGGAGACCGGAGCCGGCUGCAGGGCGCGACUGCUCAUGCUGCUCUGCUGGGGGCUUUACUACCCGCGUCGGGGCAGCCUCUCCUGAGCGGGAGCCCUCUGCACAGGUUCCCUUGCUCAAGCCCCUACCCCAUUCAGGAAGGAUUUGGGGUAACCCCACUGCAAAGUGGGGGGGACACUCAGGGCUGUCCGAUGACGUCUGACCUUUGGAGGGAGGGUCUUUUCUCCCCCACCCAUUAACCCCUCUCCUUCCUCUCCCCGUCCUGGGGGAGGUCUUGGUAGUGGGAUGGGGAAUGACGUGGCAGGGGGCAAAGAGCCUCAAUCCCCAUCCUUCUGAGCUAGUUUCUUUGGGUAAACUGGAUUGGUAUUUUUAGUACUUUUUAUAUCUCUAAGAUGUAUAAAGAGACUUAUAUUGGA